CUGUUGAGAUGGAGGUCAAACUUCCUGUUAUCACGAUAUGUAACUAGCUCGUGUUGAAAGAGUUAACGUUAGCCGGUUUUUUCUUACCGUGCUUCAUCACGAAGACACAAGUUCAUCCAUUUGUGUUGGCUAGCUCAGGAUACCAGUACUGAGCCUACAGGAUUUAGUAUUGUAAUGGCAUUAACUGGAUAAUUUCAACGUAAUAUAUACAUAAUGUUUGUAGUGGUGCUGCAUCAACCUCAUCACAGUCAUUAGAAGAGUUGGUUUAAUCCGUUUAACAACGAUUACUCGUCUAAACAUAAUCGUUUCAGUCAAAAUACCCCUGUGGUUCCAGCCUCUCAGAUUUGAAGCGCAGCCAUGAGGAAUCUUUGGACCAAAGCAGGUGUUUUUGGUUCGGUGUCGAUGGCGUUUGGUUCCAUGCUGUGGUCACAGAAAAAUCCUGACUCGGACCAGGCCAGUUCCCCCUCUGGUGAAACGAAUCCCAGUUCUUCAUACGAACUAAAGCUGGUCCAAGUCCUGUUCCGACAUGGUGCUCGAACGCCGCUCAAGUCAAUUCCUGAUGUGAUGGAGGCCCAAUGGGUGCCAACGCUCUUGGAGCCUCCAGCACACACCCAGAUCAACUAUGAGGUGACGGAUCUUGACGGUGGCCCCAGGCCCCCGGCUCCUGUAGAAGAUAGCUAUCGGAAAAACAUCCUGAACGGUGGCUCGUUCCCCGGUCAGCUGACCACCGUGGGCAUGCAGCAGCUGUACGAGCUGGGCAAGAGGCUGAGGACGAGAUACGUAGAGAGCUCCUUCCUCAGCUCCACCUUUAACCCAGCUGAGGUCUAUGUACGCUCUACUAAUAUUGUGAGGACCAUUGAAUCUGCCAAGUGCCUGGUAGCAGGGCUGUUCCAGCAAAAAGAAAAAGAAAUUGUGCCUAUAUUCACAACGGCGUCAGAAUCUGAAAUCUUGUAUCCUAACUACCACGGAUGCAAGCUGCUGAAAAUCCUCGCCAGCCACCGCUGGGCAGAGUCAUCCACUCUGCCAGACAUCGCAGCCGACCUGCAGAGCAUCCAGAGCGCGCUGGGCAUCGCCGCUCACCAGCACAUCGACUUCAUCCUCAUUAGGGACGACAUGGUUGCCAGAGAGGUGCACGGGCUGCCCUGCCCAUCAGUGCUGGACACCUGGAGAACCAAAGUGGAGCAGAGAGCUGUGGAAAUGAUCUGCCAUGUGUAUGAACCCAGCAAGAGGGAGAACUUGCAGCUGUGUGUGGGACCCCUCAUGCAUAAAAUGUUAGCCAACAUUGAGGGGAAACUACAGGGCACCUCGUCCGAGCCAAAAAGGAAGCUGUUUUUGUACUCUGCCCAUGACACCACUUUGAUUCCCUGUUUGAUGGCUCUGGGAAUCUUUGACAUGAAGUGGCCACCAUACGCCGCUGACAUCACUGUGGAGCUGCACCAACACCGGCAGACCAACAAGCCCUUUGUUAAAGUUUCUUACAUAGACCAGGAUCAACUAAUACCAGGCUGUAGUGGAGUGUACUGCCCACUGGAUGAGUUUAAACAGGUCCUCUCAUCAUACUCUCUGAGCUCUGACCUCUACCAAUCACUUUGUAAUAGCAAAGAGGACUCAACCAAACCAUAAACCUUCAACCAACUAACACUGUGCUACUCACAAUAUUACACUCAAACAGGUAACACACAUCAUGAUUUUCUUCAUUUAAAUCCUCCAUUCUCACUCCUGCCACCAUGGAAAACUUUCUUGGGUGUACAAUUCCUUUUACAUUUUAACAGUUUACAUAACACUAAAAAGUAUUACUCUCCUCUUUUGUUACCAUGGCAGUAAAGUGUUCAAUAGGUAGAUUAAUUAAAUGGUUAUGGGAUAUUGACAAUUGUAAGUGUUAAACCAUUUUUUGUUCAGUUCAAAUUUGCAUUCACUUAAUCUGAUUGGUUUGAGAAUAAAGGCACACUAUUUUAAAUAUGUUUACCAAAGUAAGCCCUACUCACUGUACCGUCAUCAAUCUUUAAAGGGAGAUGACAAAAACAUUCAUUUCUCAAAAGUAUUUGCUAGAUCAGCAGAACACUAAACCAGGAGAAAUUGCGCAUUUGUUAUGGACCAUUUCAGCUGUGGAUUAAUGGAAAUGUGCUAUUCUAGGGAGUAUUUACUGUAAGUACACAAGGUAACACUCCUGUACGUGUAAAAUAGUUUUUAGACAACAUGGGAAUUAUAUCGUAUAGAGGAAUAAACUAUAUCAGGGUUGCUUACACAGUAGGAUAUAUUGUUUAGUUAGUUGCAGAUUUGUUGAAAAGGGAAACAUACAGAUAAGUAUCAGCCUUAGAAGUUCAAACCGUUGCUACAGUUUACUCUUGCACUCAAAUAAGAGUAUUACCUUAAAGGUUAACCAAGGUUGCACCAAUAGCAGUAUCUAAUUCUGCCAAUUUGGUUGCGUUUAAAGUGGACCUAUCAUGCUAUAUUUAAAUGAUAUAUUGUAGGGCCAUACCUAUAUAAGGUAUAUUUAUGUUUCUGUUUUCAAAAUACCAAACAGAUCAUGCAU